AUGCUCAGGCUCGCACUGCUCUCCUUCUCGGCAUCGCUAGCCGCUAUCGCCUCGGCGCACUCUCCCACGGCGGCGUCAGAGCUCUGGGAGGCCAAGUAUGGCAGCGCGAUGGACCUCAGCUUCUCGGGCAUCGUCACGUUCGCCCACCUGCCGCACAGCCGGUGCCUCGACCCCACCUCGACCCCGUUCGACAUCGCCAUCCUCGGCUUGCCCUUCGACACGAGCGUCUCGUACCGACCCGGCGCCCGCUUCGGCCCGAACGCGAUUCGCCAGGGCAGCCGGCGCCAUGCCUCGAACCGCGCCUACUCGAUCCCGUGGAACAUGAACCCUCUUCUCGCCGGCGCCGACAUCGUCGACUGCGGCGACGUGCCCGUGAGCCCGUACGACCAGGGGCUCGCGCUCGAGCAGAUGGAGACGGCCUACUCGACCCUGUUGUCGCGCCAGGUCGCCACCGAGUUCACCCAGAAGAACGGCAUCACCCAGGCCCACGCGCUCGACGGCAAGGAGCACCCGGUCAUCGUCUCUCUCGGCGGCGACCACACAAUCGCGCUACCGGCUUUGCGGGCGCUGCACAAGGUGUACGGCCCGGUCGCCGUCCUUCAUUUCGACGCUCAUCUCGAUACCUGGAAUGGCAACUUGUACAACGGUGCGUGGACUGAGCAGAGCAAGAUCACGCACGGCUCCGUCUUUUGGAAGGCGUCGACCGAGGGUUUGAUCAGCAACACGUCGUCGAUGCACGCCGGCAUCCGCACCCGACUCUCGGACUUUGACGACUUGACGCACGACUCGGACGUCGGCUUCAAGCUGCUCACGACCGACGACAUCGACGAGAUGAAGCCGUCGGGCAUCGUGCGCGCCAUCAAGGAGCGAGUGGGCGAUGCGCCGGUCUACUUGAGCCUCGACAUCGAUGUCAUCGACCCGAGCAUGGCGCCUGCGACUGGCACCCCCGAGUCGGGCGGCUGGACGACGCGCGAGCUCAAGGCGAUCCUGCGCGGCCUGUCGUCGCUCCACCUCGUCGGGCUCGACCUCGUCGAGGUGUCGCCCGCGUACGACACCAACGCCGAGUUGACGGGCAUGGCGGCGGCCGACCUCGUGCAGGAGUUUCUCGGCAUGCUCACGAGGGGCAAGGGCGAGAGGGGCAGGAGCGAGUGGGAGCCGGCUGUGAGCGGCGGGGUGCUGCACGACGAGAGGGAGGAGCGGCACGAGAUACAGGCGGACAAGGCGGGGCACGACGAGCUGUAGAAGAUGGCGAGACGGGCGAAAGAAGUGCAAAACAUCGAGUAGUUACAGCGCC